AUGCCGGUACUCGAGGACGAAGAGGGCACCUCGUUUGCGCGCGACGUCGCGAUCGGCCAUGUGCAGAAACGCACGCCAUUCAAGCCACAGCGCCGCGCUCCGGCACAGGAAUCGCAUAUCGUGCCGCGCCCGCCGUCGCCGGCGAGCUCGACAGACGACCCGCUCCUGCUCAACGAGCCCAACCUGGCCAAUAUGACCAUGCAGGCCGCACAGGGUGAUGCAGACCUUAUUGCCAUGGUCCGUGGCCUCGAGAGAGAGGAUAUCGCACGAGGAGGGCCAGGCACGCCGCGGCGGAUGCUGCCGAGCCGCGCGAUGCCAAUGAAGGAGCAUGGACGCAACGCCGAUGCGCUCUUUACAGAAAAGAUUCGACGCGACGCACAGAACGGCACCAAAGGAAACGACGCCAAGGGCGACACCGGCCCGCGCGACACCAGUGCGUACCUCACCAAAAGAGACGACGCCAAAGGCGACGCCUGUGCGUGCGACUCCGAAAGAGAUGACGCCAAGGGCAACGCCUGUACGUGCGACGCCGAUAGCGGUAUCAGCACGGGCGUCGGCACGCGCUCUGUCCACGGCACACCAAGUGCGCACGACCGCACGGUCAGCUUGCAGGAGCGCAUUGCGCGCCUCAGCUCCCCGCAAAAGGAACCAGAACUGGAGGACGAAGCACCGCCGUAUGACGGCGACCUCCCGGACCUCCCAGAAGUGGAUGUAGAAGACGUGCCUGCGCUGGAGGACGAUGCACCUGCACUGGACAAUGCGCCUGCACCUCUGGACCAUGUACCCUUUGACCCCUCGCGCUCGCCGUCUGCGACCAUGCCCCUAAUGCGCUCUGCGCGAAAGAGCCGCCGUGCACGCCUUUCGGAAGCGUCGAACCGGCCCGUGUACAUUGACUUUUUGGAGCAACGCGUCGACGCGGCCGAGGUGGACAUGUCGUUCCCGUACAGCCUCUCGCAUGACUCGAGCUCACGGACCGUGGCACCUGUAAAGAUUUCGUCGCGUCCGUCAAGCCGUGCAGGCACGCCGCGUGCUGUGCGCGCCUCGGCACCUUUUUCGGACGAGCGCCACGCUUCGGUGGAGUCGGAAGGCCUGCCGGAGCUCGAGCCUGAAGCGCUGGACGCGGAGGCUGGGCAAGGCGUACAUGCUUGGAACGCACAAGUGCAAGAGCACAUGAAUGCGCCGAAGGAGUACGCGCAAGACGAGGCCGUGGACGAGCAAGAUGCAUACCAUGAGCAAGCGUACGGCGACGAACAAGACAUGGACGAUGCACAAGAACGUGACGAGCACCCUGUCUAUAAAGAUGGUGCGCGAGAGUACGAUGAGCAUGACGCUUAUGCCCACGACGAGCAAGGGGACUAUGCGGAAGAGCCAGAGUACGCCGAAGACGGGGCGUUGGCCGGCGAGCAAGAGUAUGCCGACGAGCAAGAGCAAGAGCAAGAGCAAGAGCAAGAGCAUACCGACAAGCAGCAGUACGCCGACGAGCAGCAGUAUGCCGAUGAGCAACAGUAUGCCGAUGAGCAACAGUAUGCCGACGAGCAACAGUAUGCCGACGAGCAACAGUAUGCCGACGAGCAGCAGUAUGCCCACGAACAGCAAUACGCCGACGAGCCGCAGUACGCCGACGAUCAAGAUCAUAACGAUUACGCCGAGUCUUCCGCGCACGUCGUCCUACCCCGCAAAGACGCUCAUUCGGAAUCUCGCACCAUGCUCUUCGAGUUCGACGAGCAGGACGAGCCCGUGGCACCUUUCUAUGCCAAGGAAUCCGAUGCCGUGUCGGAGAACGACGAAUUUGCAUUUGAGCCCGAGGCCUUGCAGGAUCUCGAGCAAUACAUGGAGGCCAUUGAGCGCACCGCCCCGCAUCCGUCUGGCGCCGACGAAAGCGCCGAGGCCGACGAAGCCGCACAGGCACAAGCCGCUCUUGAUACCCCCGCCCGCCUCGCUCCUGGGCCAGAAGACUACGAAACGGAGCAGAGCGAAGCCGACCUCAACGAGCCGACCGAGGCGGAGCAUGCCGAAAUCUCGUCGCUGGCGGCGGAGCUCGCCGCGCACCGCGAAGUCGAUCCGACGCUGAACUUGGGCGACAUGACCGGCCUGGACGACAUUGACGUCGACGCCGAAGCCAAUGCCUUCAAAGGGCGCACGGCGAUCUGGUCGCCGUACAAGCCGAUGCGCAAGAGUGCGCCUUUGGUUCCGCGGCCGGUCAAGCGGUCGCCCAUCAAGGCAUCGCUGUGGCCCUCGCCGGGUGUACCGCCCAGCCAGGGCGACACGUCCGUCCCAUCCAUCGCUGUCACGGCCGAGGAGCCACAGCCGAAGCGUGUGCGCACAGACGCCGUGUCCACCGAAGUGCCCGACGUUCAAAUCAAGGACGAGCCGACGUCGUCGCCCCUGUUCCCGGCGCAGCCGUCGUCCGACGAUAAUUUGGAAGUGCCGAGCAUGCCGCUUGCGCCGUCGCGCGUGAGCGUCGCGUCGCCCGCCAAGCCGAGCGCCUCGCCUGCGAAAGCGCGCGUGUCGCCAAAAGCAAGUGUCUCGCCUGCCAAGCCGGCUGCGUCGCCUGCCAAGCUGAGCGUUUCACCGGCGAGGCGCGCCGUGGUGUCGCCGGCGAAGCGCUCGAUUGCAUCGCCAGCCAAGCCCUCAACUGCAUCCCCCGCAAAAUCCCCCAUCGCACCCCCUGCCAAGCCGGCGGCAUCGCCUGCCAAGCCACUCGCUCCGCAGCCCACACCCGCGCGCCCACGUCCUGCGGCCUCGCUCCCUCUCUCUGCCGCGACCGGCCGCCCCGUCGCGUCGACUGGCCGUGCCCUCGCGGCCGAGGCUCGGCAAGGUCACCCGCCGUCGCGCAUGCCCGUUCCCGUCCGCCGUGCGCGUCCUGCGUACGUCCGUGAUGCCGAGGACGAAGAGCUGCUGCAUCAGAGCAUCCUGGUCGGUGAUGCGGAGCCGGACGACAGUACGCUUGUCCUGGAUGAAGCCGAGGCCGAGAUGACACAAGCCGCGAUCGACGACAACGAUGCGCCGUCGCCGAGCGCAGCCCGCAAGCGCCGCCUGGACUCGACGCCGCGUCGUACGCCGCCAAAGCGCGUGCGUAUGCAGGACGACGACGAAAUGCUUGUGUGGUCGCUUCCGUUGCACGCCGCGCGUCCUCGCGAGGUGCGUGUGAAACAAGAGCCUGGGACUGAGAGCGAGGCGCUGCCCCCGCUUGAACGUGCGCCAGUGCUAUCUGACGCCGAGCCCUCGCUGCCGCUUCCGCCUACGCGCACGCCCGAGACAGGCAUGCUUCCACCCCCCCCGCCGGCGGUCGUCGCAGCCCCGCCUGCGUCCCCCCCCGACGCGCUGGCGGACCUGAGCGCAAGUCUUUCGGCGUCGUCGCAUUCGCGUGCGCUGAUGCUGGCGCGUCCGCGGCCUACGGCGUGUAUUGAAGUGUCGAGUCUCGACCCCCAUGCUGCUGCGCGUGCGGCUGCGAUCCUCCGUGUGCACCACCACUACAUCCAGGAAGGGUACCUCGCGCAAGAGCCCGUGAAGCGUGCGGGCGACGCGCUCUACCCCCCCCUGCCCGAUACCAGUGCCUCGGCAUCGCUUCCUGCGCUGCUGCAUGCGGCCGAGGCUGCCCAAGCCGCCGAGCGGCGUGCAGCGACGCCUGCCCCGCCCACGCCGUGGCUCCCCGGGGCGUUUACGCCCCGGAGCGAGCGGCGUGCUCGUGUGCCUGUCGUGACCGCGUACGCCCUGCGCCCCCAAGCGCAGUCGGGCAAGUGGUCGGAGCAUGCCUGGGCGCAGCUCGACCGCCAGUUCCGUGCGCAGGUGCAGCAGCUUGUCGACGCGUCGCCCGAGUCGGACUCGGUGGCGGCGCGGCGUGCGGCCGCCUUGAACGUUGAUCCGGCCGAGGUCCUGAUCCAGUUCCUCGAGGCCGAGGGCCUAGAGCCCGACGAUCUGCAAGGCGAGUGGCAGCUGACGCUCCUCUACGCGCGCGUGCCUGCGCUGCAGGCGCGGUACCUGCGUCACCUCGACAAGCAGUCGAGCGAGGAGGAUGCGUCUGCGGCGCUGCUGGAAAAGUCGUUCCAUGCGCUUUCCGAUGUGCGUGCGCCUCUCGAGGCGUUUGUGCGUGGGGUGCACAGCACGCCGAAAGACGAAGUUCGGCCGCGGCGCGAUGAGCUUUCUGGCCUUUCUCUUGCUACUGACGACGAUGCGCUGUACGAGCACCCUCCGGAUACCAGCUACGAACACGAGGAGCCUGCGAAUACCAGCGUUGUCUCUCGGCUAUGGUCGAAAGUGUGGGGCGAGCGCAAGACGCCCUCGAAGGGGGCACCCUCUCCCGUCCCCACGCCCGCGGACACGACCGAGGAGCGGACGGCGAACACGUCCGUGCGCGCACCGUCGGCCGCCCCGAUGGGCCGCAACGGCACGUCCUCGGUGCAGUCCACGGCCUUUUCUGCCCUCGGCGCCGAGGCCCAGCAGCAAGCGGCGGCCCAGGCGCGGCGUCUGGCGCAAAUGCGCGCGCGCGCCUGGCAGAGCCCCCGUCGAGCGCGGAUGCAGGCACGCGAUGGCCACCCCGAUGUAUCGCAGCGCGGUGCCUCUGCACGCGAAGCUUAUAUUGCGUCCCGUGACUAUUGGCAGCUGCGCGCAGACACCUCCUAG